AUGGAAAUAAAAGAUAACUUUAAUCCCAUUCAAACAAAUGAUAAUCACGUUAAUGUUGAUAAUGAGAUGUCCUCACAAACGUCUGCCCACAGUUUUAAAGAUCCAAGUCAGGUCAAUCGUUUAACGGAGCGUUUACCAGAAGUAGGGCUGUAUGAUAAUAUGACAGAGCAAGAGGGCGAAAGUAAAACGAAACGUAAAUUGAUUGAUGGAAAUAAAGAAUGGUUGGGACGUUUACCUCUGAUCGAAACCA